AUCAUAAUAGGUGAUUUGAACUCAGCUGAGUUCAAAACAUUUACAGUUACCGUCUUUAAACUUGCCUGAAAUGAAGAGGCAGUCCACGCGUAUCGUUUCGAGAAGACCCAAGGAUUCAACGCUUUCCCUGCCAAGAUGUCGAAACGCUCAUACGACGACUUCAAUCUGGACGAGGCGUCAGUGUCGCAACUCUUGGAGCACGCUAAUGAUUUGCUGAGAGCUGUGAAGGCGUUGAAACAGGAGCUCAAAGCCUGCCGCGAUGCCCCCAAGCAGAUCGACGAAGCCCUCUCAGUUGUAGCCCGCCACAAGGAGAAGAUCUUACCUGCCGUCCAAUUUCUGGGUCAGACUGAGGCAAAUACUGCAGACCAACAUGAAUCUGGGCCUCGCAAGAUCCAGAAACUCGACAGUGCCGGCGAAAGCCCGAGGGACGCGUCCGCAGCGCUGCGUGUGCCCCAACCCGUGUCUCUUACCCCAUGGACCCCCCAGGACAUUCCGGGCUCUACUUUGCCCGCGUUGCCUCCUGCAUUGGAUCCCGAUCUCGAGCAAGCUGCACUCACCCACCCCGGAUUAACGACACACAAGGCAAGCAUGAACUACGACCGCCUCGAGUGGCUCGGAGACGCCUACAUAUACCUCGUAGCUACCGCGCUCAUCUACCAGACUUUCCCCGAUCUACCUGCCGGACGAUCUACCCAGCUUCGUGAGAGACUCGUCAAGAAUGAUACGCUUGGCCGAUACGCCCUGCAGUACGGGAUUCCCGAGCGGUCGAGGCUCCCUCUCGACGUGGACCCACAAGCCCGCAACAAGGCCAAGUUAAAGGUGUACGGUGAUAUUUUCGAGUCCUAUGUCGCAGCCGUGAUUCUCGGAGACCCGGAAGGCCUGUCGCGCGUCACGCAAUGGCUAAAAUCCAUCUGGAGCACAGCCCUGGCUGACGAGAUUCGCCGCGAGACCAACGCCCGGCCCCGACUAUCCCCCCCAGCUCCUGGAGGAAGCGAUGAUGGAAGGCAAGGGGUGGGCGCAAACCCGAAGUUGAAUCCCAAGGUGCAGUUAGUCCAGCUUAUCGGGGCCAAGCACGUUCAGCUGUCGUACAGGGAGAUUGCCCAGUCGAAGGAGAAGCACUCGGGACUCCCAUGGUAUACUAUCGGUGCGUAUUAUGACGGAUUCGGCGAGAAGGACCUCCAGCUAGGUAUCGGAAGUGCGCUUUCCAAGAGGGAAGCGGGUGCUGCCGCCGCAGUCAAGGCCAUGGAGAACAAGAAGUUGGUCAAGCGGUUGCAAGCCCUUCGGGAAGAAGCAGCGAAGGCGAAGAAGGCGGGGGAGCAACCGUACGACAAUUGGUCCUAGCCAAGCGUGGGCAGGAGUAGAGAGGCAAGUUCAUGUCGACAGGGCGCAUGGGGUCCGCUCGUACCACGGCUGCCCUGAUCGUCUACACAGCCGGAGGGACCGAGGGCUCGCGGGAGCAUUGCUCUCUCGAGCUACCUAAGGUCAUGUAUGUACUCGCGUGCUGUUGUGUAUUUCUGUGCCAGCCUCGAACCAAUCGAUGUAAAUGGAACCUAGUUCUGUGUCCGCUGAGCCAAGCUCGCACCCGAGUUUCUUUGUGCCAGUCGAACCGACCUCCGCGGGGCACGACAGACAGACGGAUCUAAUUGUGUCUUCCUACAUAACCGUAACACGCUACAUGGGUAUAUUGCUACAGUCUACCUCUUCUGUAGACUCGAUCCAUACCAGGCACCUAGGCGGCGUACUUACCUAGGCAGUAGGGGGGUGUACGCAUGCAGUUGAAGAUUCAGGAGGAGGAGAGAAAGAAGCAUGAGACGAAAGAACAAGACCGUAUGGGGGUUCUUUUUCCAUCUCUUCCAUUUGGGAGUUACCUGACCGGGGGUGUCGGCCUUUCACGUGCGAUAGCGCCCCGUCGGGACGACCCAAGCGAGUUUCUGGCUUCCGGCUAACGGACAACCGUGGCGCUCGCUUAUGGGGGAAGUAUGCACAUACUCAUAUAUUAUCA